AUGAUUGGUUGGAGGGAUUGUCAACUAACCUGGGAUCCAAAUGAAUUUGCAGGUAUCACACAACUUCGUGUGCCUUAUUCCAGAUUAUGGAUUCCUGAUAUAUCGUUAUAUGAAAGGGUCUCUGAUGAAUUUUACGGACUAAAGGAUUAUCCUAUUUUAAUUUAUUCAGAUGGACUGGUCAAACUCAGUUUUCCAUCUACCGUAGAAGUAUUAUGUCCUGUCGACGUUACCAAUUUCCCGUUUGAUACUCAAGUUUGUCCACUUAAAUUUAGUUCUUGGGUAUAUCACGGAUUUCAUCUGAAUAUUACAUCAAACGCCAUGGCCGCCGACUUAAGUAAUAUAUUAGAAAAUGUAGAAUGGAUUAUAAAAAAAGGACCUGCUCAUAGACGUUUGUCGUAUUAUAUAUCAGUUCCAUAUCCAUAUCCAGAUGUUACAUUCAGCAUCUUCCUCGAGAGAAAGCCAGAUUAUUACGUUAACAAUAUUUUGAUACCUUCAUUUUUGAUCACAUGUAUCGCUAUUCUUGGUUUUUUCCUUCCCGUUGACUGUGGAGAAAAAGUUGCUCUGGAGUUGACAGUCAUGUUAGCAAUAUCAGUGUUCCAGUUACUCGUGGCAGAUAAAUUACCGCCAUCAUCUGACAGUACACCAUGGAUUGUUGUCUACUUCAAUUUUACACUAUUCCUUUCUGGGACAGCUUCACUUAUACAAGUCAUUGUUUUAAAUCUUCAUUAUCGUGCAGAUGAAAAAAUGUCUGACUGGAUUGUUUUCAAAGUCUUACAGCCACUUGCAAUAAUAUCUUUCACCAAUGUGCCAGGAUUUACACCUUUUCCAUGGAAAUCUAAACAGAAUGACAACAUAGAAAAGAAGGGAAUAACUAUUCCAGAAGAUGCUCAGCUGUGGAUUUUGCUGGCAAAGUGUGUUGAUAGAUUAGGUCUCGUGGUAUUUUUGUUGGUAUUUUUAAUCGGUACAGUGAUCAUUUUAAAACUUGCAGAUUGUAACUAGAUUGCCGCAAGUUCAGAGGAACUACAUUAGCAUAUGUGUUGUUCCUAGCUUCUUUUAUCACAUGUAAUGAAAUGUAGUGUUAUUAAGAACCAAAAGUGUUUUGUUGUAUUUGCUAGUGUGGUUGCAUGAUUUGUAUUGUAUGAUAUGUAUUAAAAGAUGAAGUUUCCAUG